AUGCCGAUAACUGGAAGAUUGUCAAUAUUUCGGUCAAACGCAAGUUACGAGAGAUAUUCAGGCGUCUGCCCUCAUCCAAUUUGCGAGAGUGCUUGCCCAACAGAGGACGCAUUUUGGGAGCACGCCAUUUCAGUACACGGUAUCCCACCAUUUGGCCCACGUAAGCGCAAAGCCUACGAACUGGAGGAGUCGAUUCAACUUCCGUUGGUCCUGCAGGUAACAACCGCAGAACCAAGGACCGUUUUUCGUGCCCCAAUUCCUGUUCACCGAUUCCUGGUUCCCAGUACUUAUUUUCUGUUCACCGUUUCCUGUUCACCGUUGAUUGUUCCUGGAAAGCUUGAACAUGUCACGUCAACGGUCGACCGCAAAUGGCAGCAUGGUGCCUCCUCGGCACAGUCAACGCCGAUAUGCCAAACUUCAACGCCGCGCGACGAGCCUAGCUUUCGAUCACCCUACGCCCAAAGCCCUAAGCUACACAAUCGAUUUAACACGCUUAUCCGAAAAGCUAGUCAACUUUGCCACAUGUCCGAAACUGAGGUGUACAUGAUAGUUCGUCACGAAAACAACUUCUACGUGUAUAAUAAGGAUUCAAACUCUCGCGUCGCCCCUGAACCACAUGAAUAUGAGACUGUUGUGAAUGUAGCUGUUACCAGAAGUGAGACACUCUCUGAGAGAGUGUGA